AUGGAGCGGCUGCUCGCUCACUACACCGGCCAGUCUCGAUUAGAUGCUGAGACGUUGAAGACCCUCGCCGACUCCGUGGAGAAAGGACGAUCCGGCCCGGACCCUCCGCGACCCCGACCUGAUGCGGAUACAACCAUGGAGCCAGACGCCGACGCCGAGAUCGAAGUGAAAUCACAGAGUUCCGAUUCGUUCCAAGUGGAUGAGAUUACGGUUCAGCCUCUAGAGAACAACAUCACACAUUACUCCGGCGAGUUCUCUCACUGGAACUUUUCCAUGCGAAUAAAGCAAUGGAUAGAGCAAUGCGUCAAUGAUACCCCGGAUGGCCCCAAGACACAGUUCAAGGAAUACUAUCGUCCCGAAGAACUGCAGUCAGCCUCCAACACCGUCGCAUCACUAUCAUCACUGCCGCCGCGAUAUGUGGCAGACUUCCUCGUUCAUGCCUUUUUCAACCAUGCCGAGACCAGCUACUUCUACGUUGAGCGCCACUGGGUCCAAGAGAAGCUGGACUUGGUGUAUGAGAACCCGACUUCUCUCACCCGCCGCGAUGUCGGCACCAUGUGCAUCAUCUUAAUCGUCUUCGCUAUUGGGACCCAGUAUGCGUACCUUGAUUCUCGGGAUGAGAGGGGCAGAGUGCCAACAGCUCCCGCGGAGUCCAGCCCGUUCUCAGAGGACACUAUCGGGAUCAUGUUCUACCAGCAAGCUUGCAGGCUCGUGCCGGAUGUAAUCACAAUCUCAAGUCUGGAGAGCGUACAGGCCUGUCUCUUGAUUGGCCUCUACACCCUUCCUCUUGAUGCAUCCGGGUUAUCUUAUGUAUAUCUUAAUCUCGCGGUGAAGCUUGCCAUCCAGAACGGCAUGCAUCGGAAGUAUCCUGGAGACCUUAUUGACCCAGUCAUUCGUGAAACAAGAAAUCGGGUCUGGUGGACAGCAUAUACAACAGAGAAGCGUAUCGGCAUAUUCCACGGGAGGCCACUCUCGAUCGCUGCUGCUGAUGUUGACGCUGAGAUGCCGGUCGACCGACCAGACAUCUGGCCCGGUCCGGCGCCACCAAAUACUGCGCACAUGUUAGCUACCCUUCAGCUUAACCAGGCAUUGAGCCGAAUCAACCACCAAAUCUCUCUCUUCAAGACAUUCGAAAAGCACGAGAUCCCAGACGGCAUGGCGAGGCUGGUAGAGAUGAAGGCUCAGUUGCACAACUGGUGGAACAACCUCCCAGAAUCGACCUUCUGCAAGGAUCCGAGUCCAGGCUCUGCCGUCUUCCGCCCCGAUAUGCACCUGAGACUAGAAUACUGCCUCGUCCGCAUGUUCGCCGGCCGCCCCUUCAUCUUCCCCCGCGAAUCCACCCGCAGCACCGCCAGCUCCUCCGGCUCCCCAGCCGAGUCCGCCGUGCCACCACGGACAGGCAGCUCCGCCAGCAAAACGCACCCCCGCGCAGUACUCGUGGCGGAUUGCGUCGACGCCGCCCUCUGCGUGAUCGAGACAUGCCGGCUCCUGCGCAACAGCAUCGGCCUCGCCCGCGCAUCCUACACGGAGUUCAGCUCCUGUCGCGCCGCCCUCCUCGUCAUAAUCACGCAAUGCCUGCAGAAGAAGACGGAUCGUCUCCGCGAAGCGCUCCGCGACGGCUUGGCGAUGCUCAAGGAGAUGUCCACUGGCGGCGAGUCGGCCAAGUCGGAGAUGUCGCUCAUCGAGGCGUUCGAGCGCGCCAUAUCCAGGCUGGACGCCAACGACGACGCCGCGUCGGCCAAGGAGUCCGACUACGCGCGGUUCAAGAAGUGGGAGAUGCUGUGGAAGACCGAUACCCCGGCUCACGAUGCAAGGAGUGAGAGGAGCCACGACACGGGGUUGCCGAUCCCGCCGCACCCCGCGGCCUUCUGGCGGAUGGGCGGCAGCCAUGGGCACGGCAGUGGAAGUGGACAUGUUGCGCCCGGAACUGGUAGGCAGGGAACCGCCUCGCUUCCGCCGGCGAUGCCGUUCUUCGGGCUCGAUGGCAGCCUGUCGCCAAUACCUCCGGCGUUGGAUGAGUUUUCGGCCAUGUUUGGGAAUGGGUAUGUCCCGGGUUUCGAGGGCAUGGGCGGGAGCGUGAACGGAAACUGGAUGGGCCUUUAA